GCCGCAGCCCCGCCGCCCCGCAGUGGGGCCCGCCUCGGCCCGCCCCCGGCCCUCCCGGCCCGGCCUCCCGAGCGCCCCUGUCAGAUUGUGGCGGCUGGCCGCGCGGUGCGCUCCUUCCCUACUGCCUGGGCGAGGAGGCUUGUGUUCAGGCACACCCCCACGUCCCUUCGGCGCCGCUGCCUCUGCUCCACUGGCCUCCGCUCCACCCAGCCCUCCGCCACACGCCGGUAGCGACAUGGCACACGCGGCGGUACGCUGCCCCAGCGCUCGGGGCUCCGGGGACGGAGAGAUGGGCAAGCCCAGAAAAGUGGCGCUCAUCACUGGCAUCACGGGCCAGUGAUGUACAGUGUCUCCAGGGUGAUGGAUAUUCCACAUUGCAGAGCAGAUUUGAAAUGCAUCAGGGAGCCUGAUGGUUCAUACUUGGCUGAGUUCCUGCUGGAGAAAGGCUACGAGGUCCAUGGAAUUGUGCGGCGAUCCAGUUCGUUCAAUACAGGUCGAAUUGAACAUCUGUAUAAGAACCCCCAGGCUCAUAUUGAAGGAAACAUGAAGUUGCACUAUGGUGACCUCACUGACAGUACCUGCCUUGUGAAGAUCAUUAAUGAAGUAAAGCCUACAGAGAUCUACAACCUUGGAGCCCAGAGCCACGUUAAAAUUUCUUUUGACCUGGCAGAAUAUACUGCAGAUGUUGAUGGAGUUGGCACUUUACGGCUUUUGGAUGCAGUUAAAACCUGUGGCCUUAUCAACUCUGUGAAGUUCUACCAAGCCUCAACAAGUGAACUCUAUGGGAAAGUGCAAGAAAUACCCCAGAAGGAGACUACUCCUUUUUAUCCUCGGUCACCGUAUGGGGCUGCUAAACUCUAUGCCUAUUGGAUUGUGGUGAACUUCCGAGAGGCAUAUAAUCUCUUUGCAGUUAAUGGCAUUCUCUUCAAUCAUGAAAGUCCCAGAAGAGGAGCUAAUUUUGUUACUCGAAAAAUUAGCAGGUCAGUGGCUAAGAUUUACCUUGGACAACUGGAAUGUUUCAGCUUGGGAAAUCUGGAUGCCAAAAGAGAUUGGGGCCAUGCCAAGGACUAUGUAGAGGCUAUGUGGCUGAUGUUGCAGAAUGAUGAGCCAGAGGAUUUUGUCAUAGCUACUGGGGAAGUCCAUAGUGUUCGGGAAUUUGUAGAGAAAUCAUUUUUGCACAUUGGAAAAACCAUCGUGUGGGAAGGAAAGAAUGAAAAUGAAGUGGGCAGAUGUAAAGAGACCGGCAAAGUUCACGUGACUGUGGAUCUCAAAUACUACCGACCAACCGAAGUGGACUUUCUGCAAGGAGAUUGCACCAAAGCGAAACAGAAGCUGAGCUGGAAACCCCGGGUCGCUUUUGAUGAGCUGGUGAGGGAGAUGGUGGACGCCGACGUGGAGCUCAUGAGAAACAACCCCAACGCGUGAGCGCUGCCGCGGAGGGCCGCGCCGCCCCUGCCGGCCUGUGGUCCCCGCUUGGAAUCAGCUGGUGCGGGGUCGCAGGUGUGAUCCCUGGAGGGGCGCGAGAAUCCGGCGGGUUCCCUGCGGACCCUCGCUGCCACUGCGCCUUGUCCCCGCCGUUAGGAUCUGGGGCCGCUGAGGUUUGUAGCAGCCGGGACGCAGCACUCCGGGGUUCGGCCCAAUUUCCUUUUGUCGAGGCCUUUUCUGAACGGUUUUGUGAAAUCAACAAGAUGUUUUAAUCACAUGUUCACUGUACUUGAAAUUGUGUCAUUAGACAACUGAAAUUGUGGGGCUUUCAAAUUGUUUUUCUCUUUUCUUAUUAAAAAUGGCCUUUCUAUGAACUAGCAUUAA